AAAGCCAAGUUUGUAUCCAUACUAACAUGAGGUCCUCAUGCGUGAACAGUCAAGAAGGUUCAGGACAAAACAGGAACAUUUUAUAUCAUCAAUGGCUUGUCUGAUAUAGAAUCACAUAAGAAAUCUCACAUUGCUAGGAUAUUAUAUUAUGACGAGUGCAGAUAAGUAAACUCUGUCAAUUUUAGGGUAGUCAUAGAAUUUUUAAGUGCCUGUACCAAUUUGUUGAUAAUGUCAGUCAUAGUCUGUAAUUUUCAUCUAUCAGAAGAAUUAAUUAUAAAAAAUGCUACAAAAAAAUACUGGAAUCAAAUAUAUACUUUCAAGAAAUUAAAACCAAGGAGAACAGUGUAUUGCAGGACGCCCACUUUAGUCUUAAUCUCCUUUGUACUUUUGGAUUGAUGCCUCAAAGGGACACAACUCAGUUCACUUUCUGCACACCCACCCAGUUUAUUAAAAUUGCUAUAUAUACGAUAUGGAUACUCGAAUUCUGUCGUAAACUUUCUUAAUUUAUUAAAUUGGAGAGGGGGUUACUUAAACAAUGAAAUAUGAUUUCUUUGAUGAUUCAUGAGGGACAUGAAGGUGUCAUAAUCGCAGAAAAAAUACAUAGCUCGCAUACCAUAUUAGGUAGGUUAUUGUAUGCAUGCAUACUAUAUUAGACAAUUGACCCAGAUAAUGACAACAAUAUUAACAGCAUUGUCUCUGUAUGUGUUUAUACAGUGUCUUUAGGGGCAAAAAUACUAUGCCAAUUUCAUUGCAUGUGAAAAAUUAAAAAUAAUUCUAGAAUAAUUCACAUAAUUAGCAAAUAAAAUUUAAUAUCCUCAAAACCAAAAUUGGCACAUGUAUCAUGUAAACAUUAUAUGUAUAUACUUAUCUUUAUAUGAAUGUGUUUAGUCACCAUCAAGGGCCAACAAAGGGCAUAAUACAUUAAAACCAUAAUAUAUUUAAAUUUCUUCCUAUUAGCAAUUAGGUGAUUAGUGUAUUGCUAGUUAUAUUGUGCCCUAUCUCUUUUGCAACAUUUACCAAUAAUCUAUGCCCAAAUAAUAAUUGCUGAACAGGCUGAAGAUUCUUCUCAUAUCCAAAUCAACUACUUAGUGAGCACAAAGAGAAGUUUUUGAUGGCCUUAAUUGUCAUGUGUCAAGUCUUUCGGUCAUUCCUUUAUAUGAGCCCUGGGCCUUUCUCUGGGUCUUCUGUUUAUGUGUGAACAUUCUAAGAACUUUGUAAUGCUAUUGUUUUAUAUCAGUUAAAUAAUGACAAUGAUAUGAAGUGUUUAGAGUAAAACAAUCAUUCAUGGAGAAAAAGUGGGAGAAGUUCAUUGACUAUAUCACCUAUCACCUCAUUGGUAAUUUGUAACCAUAGUAACUGCGAAAGUCAACUGAUGAAAACGUGUUGUAGACUUAAGAUAAAUUAAUUGUCUUUAUAAUAGGUACUUUUACUUUGAAAAAUUAACUAUACACAAUUUAGAAAUUAUCACGGAAAACGUUGACCUUCUUUAAGUAAUUAAAUGAAAUAAGGUCAAUUUAACACGAAGUUGCUGCUUUUUAAAAGAUUUGUCAUGAAAUAAAUUGCGAAAGAGUGAAAAAAGAACCUGGGUCGAUGAGAUAGACAGGUGAUUAAACUGUUGUAUAAACGACAGAUAUCGUGCCUGUGUGUGGAAGAAAACCCAACAUAGGUAAUAAUAUAUGUACAGGCAGACUCUCAGUACUGGAGUACUGGGUACUGUGUCUGUCGUGUCACCCAGGGUCAGUCCCCCUGGAGCAGUGACCCAGUCGUACGAUAUACGUGAUGUAUAUUAUAAUGGUUUGGGGGAACAGUAUAGAAAAGUGGGGAGCACAGUGCUUAUCAGUUUGUGGAAGUGCUUGACCUCAUUAAUUGUGUACGGUGUAUAUAUACACACAUAUAUAUAGAAACACACGCACAUGGGAUAUAUCCUAUUUACAAAACUGCCAACAAAUGAUUUCCUCCAUCAAGGUAUAAUGUUGGAUUGUGGUUUCUGAAUGGAUUGUCACCAGAAGGUUGUUGAAUGUUCAGAGUGUACAAUGGAGGCUGAACCCCCUGAUCCAACCCUGGUCCAGUUAGGCAGUUCUAACAUUACCAUAGCCAGUAUACACACCAUAGGGAGUUGUAAUCUGACGCCUCUCCCCCAGAAGAAGAAAUUUUACUCCCGGGAGGGGUCCGUGGCUGGGACGGACCUUCUUCCCAUAUGUCGUAUCUGUCAGCUCCCCGGGGACAUGGUAGAUCCAUUGUUCUCUCCAUGUCGCUGCUCAGGGUCCCUGCGCUUCAUUCACUACAGCUGUCUUAAGAAAUGGAUCAGCAUUUCUACCAGAAAAACAAAGAAACCCCCAAAAUGUGAACUGUGCCACUACCAGUUCAAGAGACACAAAAAAUUCAGGUUCAAAAACUGGCGAUGGCCUCGAGUCAGUGCGCGAGACAAGUGUCUCCAUCUAGUGUUCCUGAUCAACCUUCUGAUAAUGGUUGGCUGCGCCGUGGCAACCAUCAUGUGCUUUCUUUCGGACAAAGGUCAGAUUAACAAGCUUCCCAAAAACAAAGUUGAACUUACGAUCGAGGAGAUCAUCACCCUGGCGUGUGGUGUGACCUUCUUCGUGGCGUUCUUCAUCGCCAUGACGGUGGAGAUAAAGGCCCGCCACACCCUGUACAAAUUGUUCCUCAAGUUUGUGACCCAGAACACAGACUGGGCCGUGGAGUCCUAUGACAGGAACAAGGACCCCGGGUAUUCCGGUCCAGCGGCCUUAGUGUAAAGGACAUAGUCCUCAGAGUCAGGGAUGUGUUACCCUGCAGGGGAGAGUGCGUGACUAGGGUAGGUGUCACACACAGUAUUACACUGAUGCAAGGGAGACCACUCAAUUGAUUAUGGUUGAUGAACAAAGCAAAGCACAUCAGCAUGUUCCCCUGGACAUACUUGUGCCUGUGAUAUGUAUUUACUUACUUUUUCAUUCUUAUUACCUUAUUUUAACCAUUCUUGUAUAUACAUUUUUCAUCUCUGUCCAGAACUUUGAGUUAUUGUUAGGUCUUGGUGUUUGUGAGACUUACUGUACAUUGGAGGCUUUAAUGACCAGCAUUAUGUCUGAAGAGAUUGUUUGUUACUGGUGGUUGCACCGGACUGCUUUAUUUUUAUCAUCAUGUGUCAUGAUGGAUAUUUUCGGUUAAGAUUUUGAACUGUGACUGAUGGUAACAGGUUAUUUUUUUGACAUGAUGGUGUUUACGGAAAUCUUCAUUAUUUUGUAGGCAAAAACAUCUUGGGUAAAUUAGGUUAACUUAUCCAAUUUAGUCUGAGCUAUUUUUAAAUCAUCUUUUGAUCUGAAUUCAUUACUGUAAAGAAGGUACGUGCUUUCAGAAUAGAAACAUAAAUUUAUAACGGUAUAUGAUAGGAGCUUAUUUCAGUCCACUUAUUCUUUAAUGUUAUAAAAAUUAAUUUCAAUUAUGGUGACAAGAGCAUCAUGACAAUUACUUUUUCAUAAAAUAUUAUUGAUAGUUGCCGUAGACUAACCUUUAUCAAUUAACAGUUGUGUAUUAGAUACAAUAAUCAAUAUUGUGAAAAAAGCAUAAUGAUGGUCUAAUUUUGAGAUUUUUUAUGGGCAAAAAAUUGCUUUUAUCAUUUAUAUUUUUUUCUUUCUUAGUUUUGUUGCAAUAUACAAAACAGAAUUUGAUCAAGUGGUAUUUCUCAGUUUUAUUGAGUGCUUCACAUUGAAGUAAAUACUGCUGCAUGCUGCGGCUAGAGCUAGGCCACCAUGACCCAGAAACCACUGAUUACUCCAGAUAGAUAGGGAUUAUCCAGAUAAAUAGGGAUUAACAGUUACUGUUCUCCGAUCCUCAGCCUCAAAAUAUUGUUUUAUUGUAAAAAUGUUAUUUACCGUAUCCUUCAAACUUUAUAAAUGAAAUUAAAUAAAAUAAAUUCUUUGAUGGUAACCAUGCAUUUUACGAAGUUAUUGCAAUUUUGGUCACAAUGAAUACCUGUAUAAUGGAAUAAAUAACGUAUACAAGUUGAGAUCAAAUUAGAAAGAAAAAGUUGUACCGUUGCAUCGGUGGCUCGAACCCUUUCACCACAGUGACAGGUACAUGUAGUAGGACUCCAUGGAGCCACUAAGCCAAGCAGUUUGCUGAAUAGCUUAGUGUAAUAUUAACACUUCAAGACUAAUUAAAUUUGCCUAUAUGAAAGGCAGAUUUAUGGUACGAAUAGAAAAAUUUGGGAUAUUUUAGAGUUAUUGAACAUCGCUGAGGAUCAGAGAUAGUUAAUUUAAGAUACUGAUGUUUUGAUGUGGUCACAUUCCUCCUGCAGCCGUGUUUUGUGUCAUGGUUGCCUUGUCUCUCUAUCUGUGAACCAGGUUUCUUCCCCAUAGAUUUAACACUGCAGGCAAUGAAUUUCAAUCUCAUUGUCAACACAAUAUUUAGUUUUAACAAUGAAUUAAUCAUGAACAUUUAAAUUGUGCAUUAGAAUUGGAGUGUUUGGUCUGUGGGCAAGGAGUUUGGUUCACAGCUUCAUCAUUCAGAGUAUCUCUAUACAAAGUGAUUGUUGUGUGUCUUGCACCAUGACAAAUCAUGAAAGUUCUUCUUUUGAAUGACCGUGUGUCUGUGACAUACGUAAAAAUUGUAAUUUUACAAUGAUUUAACAGCACAAAACAGAUUGUGUUUUCAAAUUAAUUACAUAUUUAAAAAAAGACAUCCUCAAACACGCCCUUUGCAAAUUUUCACUAGUAUUUUGCCAUUAUUCAAUUUCAUUGUAAAGUGCAUAUUACAUACCUGCAGUUAAGUGUCUGUAAUAAUUUUUUCAUCACUUUUAUCAAGUAUAUUUUUCAUGAAAAAGAGAAAAAAUGGUGUCUUUUUUUAACCAUGCAUGUUUCAAAGAUAAUUUUACAUGUGAGGGAGUUUUUGAGCCUAGUAUUAUUUAAAAAACUCUUUUCAGUUGUAUUUUGAACUUCCUUAAAAUUAAAAAAAAUAUUGGAUGCAAGCGAUCUGUUGUCCAUAAAAGGUUAGAUUUUCUUACUGUGUAUUUAAAUAGUUACAGCAUUAUUGCUGUACAAUUGAAACAUCUUUUUGUUAUCAAGGUCAAAACUAAAGUGUUCACUGUGAUUAAGAUUAGAACUAUUGAUAUUAUGAGAUAUUGAGAGGUUUCUUUUCUAAGUAAGAUUUCAACCAGCAACACAGAGACCAACAAAAAUCUCUCAAAACCAGAAGUUUGCUGGGAUGCUACAAGUUCAUAAAUAUUGUAGUUUUUUUUUUUUUUUUAACGUCUGUUUUUUUUUUAUUUGAACUCAAUGUGUCUAUUUUUGUAAGUUAACUUUGGUAUCUCAAGCAUUGCCAUCUGAAAUACUGUGAAUUUGUUACCUAUUCAUGUUUCAAUUCAGUGUCUUUAUGAUUUACAUGAAUUGAUUUCUUGGAUAUCCCAGGGUUUUUUUCCUUUUGGAUGGCAUCUACUGGUAUUUGUUAACCCCUUUCUUUCAUCUCUUCCUUCUAAGUAGGUAAAGGGAACUAGAAUUCUCAUGUGUUAUACUCAGCUUCUAUACUGAUAUUAAGAUAUCCAUCACAACAUGGUUAGAGAGGAUGGCAGUGUAGAUUGUGCAUCCGAUGCAAGGUGAUUUUGUAUCUAUCCUGUACAUGUCAGCUUAAUUAUAUACACAUUUUAAGGAACACAGAACUAACAUACAUUUUUUUAACACUUCUUCACAUUUUAGAUACCAUUUAGCACAGUGCAGUUUAGUGCUUGUUAAUUGUUUGAAUUAGUGCUAUAAAUAAUUUCUACACUAUGAGUGCUUCCCCUUUCUAUAUUUUGUAGAUUGUUGACUAUAUUUUUUUGGUUUGUUUGAUGCAGUUUAUUUUUUUAAUCCUUCUUAGAACAAUGAAUUAUAAUAUUAAAGUUUUUUUUGUUUUGUUAUCCACGUACAUAAAGACUUGAAAUAUUUACCGAGAAUUAAUUGUAUGAAAGAUAUUUUAUGUCAUAAUAUCUACACAUGUAAAAAUUUUGUAUGAGCACUAAAUAGCUUUUAAACAGUGAAAGCAAUGUCAGGGUUUUUUUUUUAGAAUGUUAUUAACCCUCAGCACAAGAGAAUGGCUGCUGUUGCAAUGAAUAAGAUGUUUAAAUACCAGUAAUUGAUUUGUUGCCUCCAAUUGUUUGCUUUGGGUUUUUUAAAAGUAUUUUUAGUCAUUCUCAAUAAGUUAGAGCAUAAAACUUGAAGGUUAAACUUCAGGAUUGUUUGGAAUGGAUGUUGUAUUUCUGCUUGAUAAACUGGAUAUUGCCAGUAUAUAAUCAAUAUUUAGAUAUUCUAAAAGGAGAUGAGCUUUGAGCUUUUAGUCUCUCUAUUUGUUCUCUCGGACAAAAAAAGAAUCUUACCCGGUAGUUUAAUUUGAUCAGUGCAUCUUUAUAUAGGACCUUCAGUAAUUUUAAUAUUAAGAAUUUUGCUUCAUACAUAUAUUUCAACAUUUGCAGUUUUCAUCUACAUAUGCGGAUGUUUGUAGCAGUGGUAUCAGUGUAUGUACUUCAGAUGAAAUUUGUAAAGUGAAGUGCACAUGACUGUCAUAACCUCCAUUUUUAUCCAAGUUGUACAUCUGUCAAAAUAAUCAACAAACAGGUGCCAUUCUGUAGCUAACCGUUCCUCUCAUUUGGUCGGCUUUGAAUUUGCAGCAUUGUAUCAUAGCUACAGAUGUGGCAUUACUGAAUAGAUGCCAGGCCCUUGUACACACACCUUAAACACAUGUAAUUUUACUCGUGGAAAAGUGGGCAAUUCACAUUUUUGAUGGAUUAGGACAUGGUUAUCUGUGUAGUGCAUGUCUCAAUGUGGGCUGAUGGAUUGAUAGGGCUCCACUUAACGAGAGUAACCAUGGUAACCUACAAGGAGGCUGUGAUGUUUGUUUAAACUUUUCUUAUUAACACAGAAUGUAUGGACUACAUGUAAUAUAUUAUCAAUGUUUUUUCCAUGUGAUUGUAUUGUCUGUUUUUUUUGGUGCAUUUCUAAUGAAUAUAAAGUUUGGUGUUAUUUUGUACAAAGAUUAAUUUACCAAGAAGUAUGUAUAUAUGUAUCACUGUAUUGAAGUCUUUUAAAUGUUUUCUAAUAAAGAAAUAAAACUGUUAAAAA